AUGGUGGACAUCAGCGAGUGCUCGCCGGUGCCCGAGUCCGUGCCGGCGCACCCGGACCCCGCGUCCGUGUCCCCGGACGCGUGGCGGCGCUUCGAGACCGCCGCGCUCGCCGUGGUCAACAAGAUCCAGCCCACCGCCGCCUCCGAGCAACUCCGCGCUGCCGUCAUCGAGUACGUCCAGCGCCUCUUCUGGUUCCAAGCCCGGUAUCAGGUCUUUCCAUUUGGAUCUGUUCCAUUGAAAACAUAUCUUCCUGAUGGAGAUAUUGACUUGACAUUAUUCGGCCCAGCGAUUUCUGAUGAGAAUCUAGCAAAUGAAGUAUGUGCUAUUCUAAAAUCGGAAGAGCGAAGGAAAGAUUCUGAAUUUGAAGUCAAGGAUGUCCAUUAUGUCCCUGCUGAGGUCAAGCUGGUUAAAUGUUUGGUACAAAACAUUGUCGUAGACAUCUCAGUUAAUCAGAUUGGUGGGCUGUGCACACUAUGUUUUCUUGAGAAGGUCGAUCAAAACUUUGGAAAGAAUCACCUGUUUAAGAGAAGCAUAAUGCUUGUCAAAGACUGGUGCUAUUACGAAAGCCGUAUUCUUGGUGCCCAUCAUGGUCUAAUAUCCACAUAUGCCUUGGAGACUUUAGUUUUAUACAUUUUCCAUAUCUUCCACAAGUCUUUGGAUGGUCCAUUGGCUGUCCUCUAUAGAUUUCUUGACUAUUAUAGUAAAUUUGAUUGGGACAAUAAGGGGAUCAGCUUGUUUGGAUCUGUUUCCUUGUCUUCACUACCUGAGCUAGUUACUGACCCACCAGAUACCGAAGAUGAUGAUUUUCUUCAACGAGAGGAGUUUCUAAAAGAAUGCACAGAGUCUUUUAGUGUUCUCCCUAGAAAUUCCGAGACAAAUCCUAGAGUAUUCUCACGAAGAUUUCUAAAUAUAGUUGAUCCACUAAAGCAGAGUAAUAACCUUGGACGCAGUGUCAGUAAAGGAAUAGCUUUCUUGUGGUACACAGCUGAAGAAACUUUACCGGAUCAUAGCGCAUUUGAUUUUGGUGCUCGUAAGCUUGGCAAGAUUCUUCAAGUGCCUUCUUGUCUCACUGUCAGUGAAGUCAAUCAGUUUUUCAGGAACACUCUAAAGAGAAACCGUACUGGUUUAAGGCCAGAUGUUUGGGUGAGCUCUUCUGAUCUUGUUACAAAUGAUCCUGUAUCAUCAGUCUUAGAUGUGGAAAGAGUCAACAAGGUUACGCCCAACAAUUCCUGCGAUGUUCUGUCUAAUCAUCUCAGUAACAUCAACAUUUCAGAUUCCAACAAUCAUGGCCCAGUAAAGCAAAAAGAAUGUAACUCUAUGGCUGACCACAAGGAGAUAAAAUCUGUUUCUUGGGGUUUGCUAGAUAGUGAUGCCACGAGUCACACAGCUACUGAUUCAGUAAGUUUAAGGGGUGGUGGUGACUUCUCUGAAGCUUCACCAACACCUAGUGAAACCUGUACCUUGCAAUCAGAAACCGGCAAGAAGGUUUAUGUUAGAAAUGACACAAUCCCAUCAUACCAUGGGGUUUCAGCAAAGCAGUUUCCAGGCAGGUCUCACCACUAUAUUGACAAUGCUAAGCAUAAUGCUUACUCCUAUUCUACUGGCUUAAUUGAUGGUCUGGGCACAUCUAAUUCAGUUUCAACAUCAGAUACACAACCUGGAGGUACCACCAAUGACACAGAGCCAAAUCUCACUGGAGAUUUCGAUACAAAUUUGCAUAAUCUUCUGUAUGCACGGGGUUUCCAUCAGGACAGUCCUACGACUCAGUUAUACUAUCCAAUGCCUAUGCCACCACCCCUGCAAUAUCAGAACAUGCACCCAUCAAAUGGCCAUGGCAGAAAAAAUCCGUAUGGAUAUGCUCGUAGGAAUGGAGUCGUCCCUGGUCCUGUUUAUCCACCUGGCUAUUUUGUGUAUAGGCCAUUGUAUCAAACAGAUGAUCAUAUGGCUACGAGGGCUCGUGGAACAGGCACCUACUUUCCUGACCCAAAUUUGCGCAAGGAAAGACCACCUCCCCCCCGCGGGGAGAGAGGAAGGAAUCAUUCCCAUCAGAAUAAUUAUCAAAAGUUUCACCACCAUGUCCGACCGGAUAUGCCUGUAGAUAUGAUACCUUUUGACGAAUUGAGGCAUGAGCCACCACUGCAGAUAUACGCUCCUAGUGCAAAUGAUCAUGGAAUCCCAUCUCCAAUGAAUAUACUAAUACCAUCACCAUCUUCCCAGUCUCCAAGGGAUCCUUUGAAUGUACCAAUGCAUUCUCCAUCUUCCCAGGUUCGAAAGGAUAAUUUUCAUGGCAAUGGUUUUAUGCUCUUGCAAGACAGUAAACUUGAGUUUGGGACCUUGGGGGCGUUGCCAAGGGAAGUUGCCUCCAAAGAGCAUGCUAGCAGAUCAGGUUCUGCCUCCAACAAUCAAGGUUCUGGGCCUGUGACUGUGAGUCCCAUGUCUGUGGCGAAAAACACUGGAAUGGGUCCCAAUGGAAUGAGGAAUGUUCAAGUUCAACCAUACCGUCUCAAGGACAGUGGUGACUUCCCGCCACUAUCCAGUUGA